AUGGCUGUGGACGUCUGGGAGCUGGGCCGAGCGAAGGAAAAGAAGCGAAGGACCCGCGUGAUUAACUGCUAUGAUAACUGGCUUGGUCCGGGUCUAUACUGGCAGGGGGACAUCGAGGAACGCAGGAGAGCGAUAGAGGAUGUGUACUGGGACAAUGUUCUGGAGGGUAGAUGUUUACUUCUCGGAGACUUCAACGCACAUAGCCCGCUAUGGAACCCGCAAGCGAAUAGUCGCACGAAUGCGAGACCACUGGAGGAUCUGAUCGAGAGCGAAAGUCUCUAUAUCAACAACACGCUAGGGAUCCCGACACGGCCGAAGACAACGCCGGGGAUCUCAAUUAUCGACCUGAGCUUGACGACAGUGGACAUGGGGCCCUUGCAGGUGUGGACGGUGGAUGAGGACCACACAACCGGGUCAGAUCACGAGCUGCUGGUGAUGGAAUGGGCCCCAAUAGAGCACGGAUGGGAACCCCCAUCGGACGAAGUGACGGGGUGGCAGAUCCAGGCUCUCCAGGCAGACAGCCAAGCUCUGGAGCAAGCGAAACAGAUGUGGCAAGCAGAAGCCGAACAGAGAGGGCUCCUAGACGACGCAAGUACGGCGGAGGAGGUCGAGGGAGAGGCAGUAUGGGUGCAGGAAACGCUUACGGCAGUGCUCAACCAGUAUGCGAAGCCAGUGCGAGUGACCCCACGGUCCAAACGCUGGUGGAAUCGAGAAGUCAAAGAGGCGCGCGAGGCCUACUGCCAGGCGAGAAGAGCGUGGCAGGGGCAGCACAUCACCACGAUCGACCUUCGAGAAACAAGGAACGAUUACUACAGGACUAUUCGAAGGGCGAAACGAACGUGCUGGGAAACCUUCCUGGCAGGGCCGACGGACACCCCAGACCACCCGUGUGAGGAAACGGCCCGAUGCUGGCAAGCGCUUAGGCUCACCAAGCCCAAAGCAACAGCCAUCACCCCCACCCUCAAAGGGCCGCAAGGAGAGAUAGCCGUGUCUAUCAGCGAGCAAGAGGCACUGGUCCGAGAAACCGCCUUUCCACCAGCGCCGGGCGACAGGGAGGCUGUUGAAGUUCUCCCAGGAUCUUUCCACAAGUGCAUAGACGAAGCAACGGUCAAGAGAGCCCUGUUCCAUCAGGCGGUUCAAAAGGCGCCCGGCAUCGACAGGCUGAAUUUUCGAGCCCUUCGACUCGUGUGGGAAUGGGAUAGCUCACGGAUCGUAGCGCUAGCCCGGCAGUGCUUCCGGCUAGGCAUUCACCCACAAGCAUGGAAGACCGCUAAGGGAAUCUUACUGAGAAAACUCGAUAAGCCGGACCAUACGCUCGUCAGGGCAUAUCGGGUCAUCAGCCUGCUAAACUGCCUAGGGAAGGUGGUGGAAAAGAUCGCGGCAGAGGCUAUUGCAGAUCACUGUGAGACGACAGGAAGCCUUCACCCCGGACAGAUGGGUGGCCGCAAACAACGUAGCGCAGUGGAUGCCGUGGCAUGCUUGAUCCAGAGCACUCACGAUGCGUGGAAACAAAAGCAGCUCAUGGCGGCUCUUUUCAUGGAUGUGGCGGGCGCGUUCGACCAUGUCAACGAUAGAAAACUCGUGAUUCGCAUGCAAGAGCUAGGCUUCGACGGUGACUUGAUCCGAUGGGUACAGUCGUUCCUGAGCGGUCGACUGGUCCAGCUCGUCAUCGACAAUAUACAAUGUCCAGCCCACAGGAUCGACUCAGGCGUGCCUCAAGGUUCCCCGGUGUCCCCAAUUUUGUUCCUUAUCUACCUAAGCGGGAUCUUCGACGCAAUUGAAAGGGCCAUCCCGGGGGUACGGCUGCUGUCGUUCGCAGACGAUAUGGGCUUUCUAGCGCCAGGGUACUCGGUCCAGGAAGCAUGUCAGAAACUACAGGAAGCUGCCCAGGUUGCAAUCGAAUGGGGUGAGAGCAACCUCGUGCAGUUCGAGGCGAAGAAGACCGAGGCGGUCUUGUUCACCCGCAAGCGUGGACAGGAGCUACGGAAUCAAAUUCAGCGGGCCCGCAUCAUGGUAGGAGGCCAUUCAGUCUCAUUUAACCACGAGGCCACCCGGUGGCUGGGGAUCUGGCUAGACGCCGGCCUCACACUAAAGAUGCACUAUCAGACACGCCUUCGCAAGGCCCGGAAUGCAGAAUCUCGGGUUCAAUCCUUAUGUCGCGUACAAGGCCUAGCGCCAGGCCUGGUCCAUCGGAUCCAGGUGGCUGCGGUACAGUCGGUAGCCCUGUACGGAGCGGAACUCUGGUGGCGCGGCCAAAAGGACUGUAUCACGGGAAUGCAGCGGAUGAUCAACAGACAAGCCCGUGCGAUCACAGGAAUGCUUAAGACCACACCCGUGGGUCUCUUGAAUAGGGAAGCGGGUCUAACGCCGGCCGAGGUCCUCCUUGAGGGCCGUCAGCUGCGGUACACGGCUCGGCUCCUUAGCCUACCGGACGAUAGUCCAGCCAGAUCAAUCCUCCCGGUCAGUUUUCGGGAGGGCGACCAACAUGCGCAACCUGGGGAGCACACCCCUGGAAAUGGACUCUGGGCCGAACCGCACGGCCGGGGACCAUGGUCGUUAGGACAGCACCUAGCGCGACAACUAGCAAACAUCCUCCCAGCCGAUCCAUCUGCGGGCUUCGAGAGCGCUCGGCGCGGUAAUGGCAGCGGAUUUCUAGGGAGGAUCAUUGUCCAAAGGACUGAGGACUCUCUCACCGCAGCGCGGACGGUGCAACCAGGCAGCGCGAUCUGGUCAGAUGGGUCGAGGCUCGAGAACGGCCGGACAGGAGCGGGGAUUGCCUGGCACGAGCCUUGCGGAGAGUGGAGGACCCGGAGCUUUCCCCUUGGAACGGGACGAGAAGUCUUUGAUGCGGAGCUUGUGGGAGUCGUGCAGGCCCUCCAGGCCGCACUGAAAGUGGAUGACAGUGGUCCAAUCACAGUUCUGCUGGAUUCCCAAGCCGCGAUUGCGAGGCUGCGACACACGCAAGCAGGCCCCGGUCAGGAACUGACGCUUCGAGCUCACGCAGCAGCCAGAGCUCUACAGGAGCGAGGCCGAGAAACCAUCAUUCAAUGGGUGCCCGGCCAUGCCGGAAUCGAGGGAAAUGAGAAAGCUGAUGAAGCGGCAAAGCUCGCGGCUAGUCGACCGGGGUGCCAUCCAGAAGGAAUCACAGGACUCUCACUGGCGUUUGUCAACCGGACGUGCACGGAGAACAUCCAAAACCGCAAACAAGUCUGGCUCGCCCGAGAUUUAGCAAAGCGUUCUCGCUAUAAACAGCGAACCUAUCGACCGUAUCGAGGCUGGACACUGGACCCAGUCGCAUCGCGAGCCCUGAAACCGCUGGCCACCCGCUUCUUCCAGUUAAAGAGCGGCCAUGCGGCUAUCGGAGCUCACCUCCACCAGAUUCACGCACGGGAAAGCCCUGCGUGUGAGAAAGGCGAUGCACCGAAAGAGACCGUGCAUCACGUUCUCUUUGAAUGUCGAGCGUGGCAGCACCAGCGAAUCAAGCUGUACCGCACGCUGGAUCGAGCUGGGGUCACCAGACCGUCAGCAGCCGAAGAGUGCCCAGAAGGCAGGCUUCUUGGGGAACCGAAGGCAACAGAGGCCAUCUUACAAUUUUUGGCCACGACGAAGGCAGCCCUGCCUCAAGACCAUCACCUGGCCUUGGCAGAGCGAGCUCGACGAGAUGAUGAAUGGGGAUUAGAGGACUUGGAGGAAACUGAGAGGAUGGGGGAAGGAUAG